AUGCCUAAAUGGUACGUAACAUGGAAAAAGUACUGCAAUGUUUCAGCACUUAUAUUAAGAUUAGUGCAUCCGCGUUUUAUCUCCAGUUUUAUCGAAAAAAUCGAAGCCAUUGAAGAACCAAAUGAUCAAUAUUAUUGCAGGAGAGAUCUAGCAAAACGCAAAUUAUCUUCCAAACCUGUUUCAUUAAGCGAGCUGUUCCGCUAUGGCAAACCUUUCGAUAAAAUGCUAAUGUUUUGUGGUGUCAUUUUCGCAAUUUUGAGUGGAAUUAGUCAACCAUUACUAGCACUUAUUGCUGGACAACUGACAAAUAUUCUACUGACAGUUCAACCUACAAGCGCUGAAUUUAAAGUGCGAGCUUACCAAAAAGUUUUCCUAUUUCUUGGGAUUGGUUGCUUUCUUCUUGUCAUUAAUUAUUUACAGUACAUAUGUUUUCAAUUAACCUGCAGUCGAAUUAUUGCAAAACUUCGGCAUGCAUUUCUGAAGUCAAUCUUACGACAGAAUGCCAGUUGGUUUGAUAAAAAUCAAAGCGGUGAAAUUACUACAAGACUUAAUGACAACAUCGAACGAAUUCGUGAAGGAAUCGGUGAUAAGCUGGGAUUAUUAAUUCGUGGUCUAACAAUGUUUGUUGCUUCUGUUGGUAUAGCCUUCUUUUUUCAGUGGCGAGUGGCACUUCUUAUGUUUGGAGUGGCACCGAUCUCAUGCUUUAUCACGUCUUCACUUUCUAUUAAAAUGGGUUCAGCUACGCAAAAAGAACUAAAAGGAGUUGGUCGAGCUGGUGCAAUAGCUGAAGAAUCUAUUUUGGGAGUGAGAACCGUGCAGGCAUUUAAUGGCCAGUCGGAAAUGAUUCAAAGAUAUCAAGCAGAUCUAAUAGAUGGUAAAAAAUUUGGAAUCAUGAAAGGAUAUUGGAGCGGUUUUCUUGGUGGAUUGUUUUUUUUUACUCUUUGUAUGUUCUUGGGAGCUGGAAUGCUUUAUGGCGGUUACCUCUACAAAAUUGGAAUAUUUAAAGAACCUGGUGAAGUAUUUAUUGUAGUCAUGUCUAUGCUGUUAGGAUCAUAUUUCCUUGGACUGGUUAGUCCUCAUCUAAUGGUAUUGCUUAAUGCUCGAGUUGCGGCUGGAAUUAUCUAUCAGACAAUAGACAGAAUACCAGAAAUAGACCCUUAUUCGACAAGAGGUGUAAUACCGAAUAACAUCGAAGGUAAAGUAAUAAUCAAAGGCAUACAUUUUCGAUAUCCUUCUCGAAAAGAUAUCAAAGUUUUGAAUGGUGUGGAUUUGAUAGCCGAACCUGGAGAAACUCUAGCACUAGUUGGCCAUAGUGGCUGUGGAAAAUCUACUCUUUUUGGGUUAUUAAACAGGCUUUAUAAUUGGGAAAGCGGAACUAUCACUAUCGAUGGCUAUGAUAUAAGAAAAAUAAACAUUGCAUGCCUAAGAAAUAUUAUUGGAAUUGUGCAACAAGAACCAAUAAUAUUCGAUGGUACAAUUGAUGAAAAUAUCAAAUAUGGUAAUCCAAAUGCGGAUGAAGCUACGAUCCAUGAAGUUUGUAAAAUGGCAAAUGCACAUGGGUUCAUAAAAAUGCUUCCUAAGGGCUAUGAAACACGAAUUGGUGAUGGGGGGGUGCAACUUUCUGGAGGACAAAAGCAACGAAUUGCCAUCGCUCGAACUCUGGCAAAAAAUCCAAAAAUCCUUUUACUUGAUGAAGCAACAAGUGCCUUAGAUGCGCAGUCUGAGUCAGUUGUUCAGGAAGCACUUAAUAAUGCUGUUAAAGAUCGAACUACAAUUAUAAUUGCUCAUCGCUUAUCGACCAUACGUGAUGCAAAUAAAAUUGCGGUAUUUGAAAAAGGAAAUAUCGUUGAAUUGGGCGUGAGAUUACGGAGACCGAGCGUCCAGGCCAAGCGUGGCGCCGAUAAGGUAUCAUAG